AUGUUCGCACCGCAUGCCGGUUAUUUUCGCUCAUUAGGUGUUUCGCCGUAUAUAGCUAGUUCGUCGCCAACUCAAAUGGCUUUUACUUUUGCUGCAUUCUGCUAUUUAUUCGCUCUUAUUGCCGUUGCUUUUUGCAUUUUCUUCGCUAUUUUUACGGUUAUUUGUAUCGAUGAACUGAAAACGGAUUAUAAGAAUCCAAUAGAACAAUGUAAAAGUUUGAAUCAGUUGGUUUUACCGGAAUAUUUGCUUCACAUAUUUUUUACUCUAUUUUUUGUGUUGUCGAUGCAACUUGGUGCAAUUUGCUGGAAUCUUCCACUCGUUGCUUAUCAUGUUCACAGGUAUAUCAAUCGUCCAGUUAUGUCAGGGCCGGGUAUUUAUGAUCCUACAAAAAUUCUCAAUCAGGAUGAAUUGCAGCGAAUUCUUCGAGAAGGUUGGAUCAAAAUUGGGUUUUAUUUAAUAUCUUUUUUUUAUUAUUUAUAUGCCAUGAUUUAUACUCUCGUCACUUCUGUAUAA